AUUUCUGUCUGACAUUUUGAUAAUAAAAUUUUGUUCCCGUUCUGUUUAUUUUCUUGUGGGACUGGGCCCAAACAAGGAAUAUAAUAAGUAUAGGUUCCAAAUGGAGAAGAGUAGCACAACAGUGGAAGCUACUGGAGGAGACCUUUGCCAUCAGUCACACUGAGCUGAGAGAUAUCUUAUAACAAAUUGAAUAGUCUCUAAAGAUUAAUUCUCUCACCCAGUUCAAAAGGCUUGAUAAAUAAAUAAAAAGUUAACUUAGCCUGAUCAGAUAGCAAGUGAAAAAACAAUGGAUUCGCCGAUGUUAUUCUGUAUUUCUUGUCUUUCAAGAGAAGUUCCAUACAUACGUCUAUCUACAUGUUCCCAUGCAGACUUUUUAAACUCUUUUGGGGAACUUAAGAUAGAAUCAAGUAAUCAAGUGGUAUGCUACACUUGUCAUAAUGUGUUGAAGAAAAUUAAAUUGUUUACCUUACAAGUAAAAAAUAGCUUCAAUAUCAUUUCUGAGGAAAGCAACAUUCAAAUCAGUCCCCAACAAAACAGGAAUCUACGAAUACAUAGACAAGAAAAUAUAAACAUACCACAGACAAGUGUUCCCAUAGAUAUAAACCAAACCAUAGACAGUAAAGAGGUCACAAAUGAUACAGAAAUGAGUUUCAAACGAAAAAAUUAUGACAGAAAAAUUAAGAAUAUUGGGAAAGCAUUAAAAAUAAUAAACAGCAAUCAGAAUAAUGCAUGUAUUAAUUUGUUAGCUACAUCUUUAAAUAGUCUAUCUAGUAGUUUAAUUAAUAAAAAUGUGGAUUUUAAUAAUUUCCCUAUUUUAAAUGCUAUUAAUAAAGUAAGUCAAAGUGUAGGACAUAUUUCUGAAGCUACUGACACAAGUAAUAUUUUACAAGAAGCGAUGGUAAAAGGUAAUUUAGAAGCUAAUUUUGGUAUAAGAGAAGAAGAAUUGAGUUUAGACAAAAAAGAGAAAGACAUAGAAGUUCCUAGUAAGAUUAGGAAGAUGGAUAAGCCAAAUAAAAAUGUUCUGAAAUCUUCAAUCCAAUCCCGAAUAAAUACUAUAAGGUUAUCCAAAGAAGAAUUGAUGGCAGAAAGAUCAAAAUUAGCUUCCAGUCAACCAUAUCUGAAGGCACCGUAUAAAUGUGACACAUGUGUACUGGGAUUCAAUUAUGAAGAGAAUUUAGAAGAUCAUAUUAAAAGGAAACAUUGUUAUAAAGAAAUCUCAAUCAAAUGUGAUGUAUGUCAACAGUAUUUCAAUCCAGGAUCUAAUUACAAUGAUCACAUAGCUUAUCAUUAUACCAGAUAUGAAUGUACAAUCUGCGGCCGUAGAUUCCCCUCUGAAGAUCAAGCUAUAUUCCAUUAUAGAAGGAACCAUAUAAAGGCUACAAAAUACAGUUGUUUACAUUGUUCCUAUAAUAUGACAUCGUACCGUCAUAUAAAAUUGGCAUCAGCAGUGAAACAAACUAAUAAAUGCAAGAUUUAUAAAUGUCUGCGCUGUAAAAAGACUUGGAAAAACGUGGAACAAAAUUUGGUGGAGAACGUCUUAGAAGCAGAUGGCGCCACUGUAGAAUAAGGCUGAUUUAGUUACCCAUGUAAAGAAACGUAACGUCACGCCUUUUAUCCCCGAAGGGGUAGGCAGAGGUGCAGAUUACGGCACGUAAUGCCACUGUAUAAUGUAAUAGGGGAUGAGCCUAUUGCCGUACACUGGGCGCAUUUCCAGACUGCGCGCUACUACCUACUUUUUUGUUUUUCGAAAAUUUCUCAGUAGUAGCACGGAGUCUGGAAUUGUGCUCAGUAUAUGGCAAUAGGCUCAGCCCCUAUUACAUGGGACUUAUAACACAAAUAGUGAAAAGUGGGUGUACAUUGUACCUAUGUAAAGUUUCCUU